AUGGCUAUGAGAGAUUUGCAAAACCAAGUUAGUCAAUUGGCUAAUGAUAUAAAUUUACUCAAAGGACAAGGAUCUGGAAAGCUUCCUUCGCAACCGUUGAACCAUAAGGAGAACGUCAAUGCUAUUGAGUUAAGAAGUGGGAAGCAAGUUAAGCAACCGGCAACUUCAUCGGAGCACCAUAAAUCUAUUUUAGAGCAACAAGAGGAUGAAACAGUCCCUAACAAGGCUGAUUUGGUAAUGAAAUCUCGCUCUAAACCUCUUGUUUCUACUAAUGUCACUCCACCUUUUCCUAAUAGGUUUGCAAAGUCAAAGAAGGAGACGCUAUACAAAGAGAUUUAUGAGAUAUUCAAGAACAUCCAAGUGAACAUACCACUCCUUGAAGCGAUAAGGCAAGUUCCUCGCUAUGCAAAGUUUUUGAAGGAAUUGUGCACUAACAAGCACAAAUUAACAGGUAAUGAAGUAAUGAGUGUGGGGGAAAACGCUACAGCGUAUCUUCUAAAGAAACUCGCACCUAAAUUAAAAGAUCCCGAUAGUUUCACUGUACCUUGGACAAUUGGUAAGACAAAGUUUACAAAAGCUUUGCCAGAUUUAGGUGCGUAUAUUAAUGUUACGCCUGCUUCAAUUUAUGAAUCCUUAAAUCUUGGUCCUCUCAAAAGUAUCGGUGUUAAUGAGCUUAUAUUUCCGGUGGACUUCUAUGUUCUUGAUAUGAAUGAUGAAAAUUUAUCAUCGUCUACACCUUUGCUAUUGGGUAGACCGUUUAUGAGAACUUCUAGAACUAAGAUAGAACUUCUAGAACUAAGAUUGAUGUCUAUGAAGGCACUUUGA